AUGAAUCCAUUCAAACAUAGGAACCCAAUAGAGUUGCCAUUUGCAGAUCCAAAUUAUUGGAUACCUGAACAAGUACAUUUGUUACUUGGUGUUGGAUUCUUUGCAAAAAUAAUUGUUUCAGUAGUGGAUAGAGGAAUAGAUGGAACUGCAUUAAUGGAAACUCGAAUAGGAGUAAUUAUUUUCGGAACAGAUUCGGAAAACAUAGAAUUUGGAGAAGAAUUUGAAAAUGCGCAGACUUUGUUGGCCAUUGAUGUUAAGGAAGAGAUUAAAUUGGAUAGAUUAUUGGAAAGACUUUGGCAACAAGACCAAAUACCAACGGCAUCAAAGCUAACAAAAGAGCAAUUGGAAGUAGAAAAACAUUAUUUGGAAAAUUUCAGACGUGACGACACUGGAAGGUUUGUAGUAAGAAUUCCUUUGAAAGCGGACAGCCCAUGUUUUGGCAGUUCAAGAGAAAUUGCAUUGAAAAGGUUCAUGUAUUUGGAAAGACGCUUCGCGCGAGAUCCGGAUAUUAAAGAAAUGUAUGUAGGAAAGAUGAGAGAAUUAAUGCAGCUCGGCCAUUUAGUACCAGCUACGGAAAGACCAAAAUCGGAUGAGAUUGUGUAUUACAUACCACAUCAUUGCAUUUCUAAGGAAAAUCGGAUAGUUUAUGACGCAAGUUGCGAAACGGAUACAGGUGUUUCUCUCAAUCAAAUUCAAAUGCUUGGGCCGAAACUACAAAAAGAUCUAUUCGUAACUAUUAUGCGUUUUAGAAGACAUAGGAUAGCGAUUUAUGCAGACAUCAAAAGGAUGUUCAAUCAAGUCAAAUUGGAAAAAGAUCAAUGGAAUUUACAACGAAUAUUUUGGAGAGAAAAUAACGACCAGCCAUUACGUGAAUAUUGGCUUACUGUUAUUAUUUUUGGAAUGAAGUCUUCAGCACAUUUAGUUGUUCGUUCGGUUAUACAAGCAGCUAGAGAAGCCAAGCAUAAAUAUCCGAAAGCAGCUGAAGCAAUCGAAAAUGAUUUUUACAUGGACGAUUGUGCUACUGGACAAGAUUCGGAAAAGAAGCAUUACAACAAGAAGAGCAAUGGGACGCCAGUCAAAACUGUGCCUAUUCCGAGAUUGGAACUGUCAGCUGCUGAACUUCUAUCGAGAUUAAUUAGAGAAGUUUUGAAAUCAUUGGAAUGGCAGAAAGUACCAUACUUUCUUUGGACAGAUUCGAGCAUCACAUAUUAUUGGAUUAAGAAAGAGCCAUGUACAUUGAAAACAUAUGCAGCAAACCGUGUGUCAUCGAUACAAGAGAACACGGCAGUGGAGUGCUGGCGACAUAUCGAUGGGAAAGAUAAUCCAGCAGAUUUACUCACAAGAGGUGUUACACCAUCGGAUUUGAUUGAUAAUAAAUUGUGGCUACAUGGACCAGAGUGGUUAUCUUUGCCACAAUCGGAUUGGCCAAAAUCUUGUAUCAUGAGUGAGCCGCCAGAAGAAGCGAUGUCUGAGGUGAAAGUAAAUUCGCUGGCUGUAUUCAGAGAUGGCUUACGCAUUGGAUUAGAAAAAACAAAUCAAAACGUGCCAUUAUUAGAGUACACUGGAAAGUUGGAAAAGGCCAUAAACAUUAUUAGUUAUGUAGAACGUUUUGUCAACAUUUGGCUUGGAAAGUCGAAAGUCAAACGUAAACGGAGUAGAAGAGGACAGAUUAUACAAAGAGUCAUGCCACCUUCAAAUGAAGAAAAGACAAAGGCAAUGAAAUAUUUAAUAAGAAAAGCGCAACAAGAACAUUUUGGAAGAGAGAUUAUUGCAAUCAAGGAGAGAAAAACUUUACCGGAAAAGAGUAAAUUAGAAUCAUUAAGACCAAUUUUGGAUGAAGAAGAUUUAUUGCGAUUAGGAGGAAGAUUGGAUAGAUCGGAUAUUGACUAUGAGAUGAAACAUCCAUAUAUUGUUGCUCACGAUUCGCGUUUGGCACACCUCAUAAUGGAUUAUGCACACAGACAAACGAAACAUGGAGGUGUACAAGUAAUGAUGCAGUACAUUCGGCAAAAGUAUUGGAUACCGAAGUUGAGGAGUGCACUAAGGAAUGUUGUGCAUAAAUGUGUAGUCUGUGUGAGGAUGAAUGCGAGAGUUGAGUCUCAGUUAAUGGCUGAAUUGCCAAAGGAAAGAACACGCAUCGGAAAGGCGUUCUUGUAUACUGGAGUCGAUUACGCCGGCCCAUUCGAGAUCAAAAUUGUCGGAACAGAGGAUAGAAUGAAAGCUUGGAUAGCCAUAUUCGUAUGUAUGAAGACAAGAGCCAUUCACAUUGAAAUAGUAUUAGGAUUGUCAAGCAUUGCAUUCAUCGCAUGUUAUGAAAGGUUUAUUGCACGGAGAGGACGCUGUGAAAAGAUUUUCAGCGACAAUGGAACCACGUUCACUGGGACAGAUAAGGAGCUAAGAAAGGCAUUGGAAUAUUGGACAGAAAAAGGAACGUUAGAUCAUUUGCACAGUAAAGGGACAGAAUGGCAUUUCAUGGCACCAGCAGCGCCCCAUCAAGGCGGCAUUUAUGAAGCCGCUGUGAAGUCAAUGAAGUUCCACCUAAAAAGAAUCAUCGGACAGAAAGUAUUGCGAUAUGAGAAUUUGAGUACGUUAUUGUGCCAAAUAGAAGCCAUACUGAACUCACGGCCACUUUAUCCGCUCAGUGAUGAUGCCAAAGACAUGCAGGCAUUAACACCUGGCCACUUUCUAAUCGGCGAGCCAUUGAUUGCACCAUUGCCAUUUAGGAUAGAUCCGAAACCGACAUCAACUGGGAUAAGACUUUGGAAAGAGAGGCAAUUAAUGGUGCAACACUUUUGGGACCGAUGGAAGAACGAAUACUUAGUAACUCUACAGGAAAGAAAAAAGUGGCGGAAAGAGAAAGAGAAUAUAAAAAUUGGACAGUUAGUCAUACUCAAGAGCGAGAAUUUCCCGCCAAGCAGCUGGGCUAUGGGAAGGAUUUGCGAGUUGCUACCUAGUAAAGACGGAUUAGUUCGGACAGUGAUAGUUGAGACGGCUACUAACAAAUUUAAGCGGCCCGUCCAGAAGCUUUGCAUAUUACCAAUCGAACCAUCGCAAGGAUAG